AAUCGUUGCGAUUCCUGGUUUCGGUCUGGAUGGGUUGGAACGAGGCUGGUUGGAAUUCUAACUUCUUCUCGUCUGAAUUCUUCUCCCUACCUUAUUCUUACUUCAUCCCCAUCCCUAGGUAUUGUAUCAAAUGAUUCCCCAAGGCACUCACAGGCUUGGAUGGUUGCUACCAUAUGAAAUAUCAAGGCUGAAUCAAACAGGGAUGUCUAGCCACCAGAAUAGUCAUCGCUGCAUAGCGAGCACGAACAGGAACUGCAGCCAGUCCAUGCAAAUGAAGAUCGUCGGUCGGAAAACCCCGACCGGGCCUCCCACUGUCCAGUGCUCUAUCCCUGGCUGCUUGAGAUCUCUGCCUGCCUUCAGCAUUGCCAUUUGCCACCUCCCACCGGAGAUCCUGUCUUUGGUGUCAUGUCAGCAAAUAACAAUCCGAAAAGGUGGGAUGGUUUCCCCUUGCAGGAUCAAUGCCGGUGCAUUGUCCGGACAAAGUCACUGCAAGAGAUGCAGAUUCCUCGCAUCAGUCGUCGUGUUGUUCUAUAAGACGAACCAACAAGAAAGGGAAGGAAGGAAUCCCUUCCUUGUUCAGUGCACUGUAAAUGGCGAGCCGACUCUACCGUCCAAUCCAGCAGCCUAGCCCAGUCGGUAGUUAGCCAUGCCCAACAGGGAAGAUUGAAGAGGGGGUGUGGGUAUGAAAAAAAGAAUAAUAAUUUGACCAGAUCAAGGAGCAUCCACCGUUCCCCAGCUAUUUGUCAUAUUCCUCGACCA